GUACCCCUUGCCCGGCGAGGUUUCGGCCUCACUGCUAGCGCCGCCUCUCCCGCUCCUCUAGGCCUCGGGCGCCUCCGAAGGGAAAAAGGACCGUUUUUGAGGCGCUUCUCCCCUCAGCCGCCGGCUCUUGGUUUCUCCUCUAACCCACCCCUUGUUUGGCCUCCGUGUUUUGGCCCGGCCCUUCUCCCGCCGCCAUCCCUGCAAGGGGUGGAAUCUGGAGCACAGUUGAAGAUGGACCUUCCAGUGGAAAAAUGGCAAAUGCAUGUCAGGCAGAAAUGGUCUUCCUUGGAGCCUUCCCUGAAGGAGAAGCUGAGCCGUCCUUCGUCUCUCAGGGCCGCCUUCCUCCUCUCUUCCUCCCUCCUUCAGCCAGAAGAUGAGGAAUAUUUGCUCAGUCUCUCCAAGGACUUCUCUGUGAACAAGGAUCCCAGCCUGGUUCUCUCCUGCAAAGAGGACGGGAAUACAAGAUUUCGGAGAAAGGAGUACAAAUCUGCCGCAGCCCUAUAUUCCAAGGCUCUGUCUCAUGCGGAAAUCGGCAGCCCCGAAAUGGCCAUUUGUUACGCCAACCGCUCUGCAGCCCUUUUCCAUCUGGGUCAGUUUGAGGUUUGCUUGGCGGACAUUGGGAGGGCACAGGAAGGGGGCUACCCGGAGAAACUGUCCCCCAAACUUUUCCUGCGCCGAGCGGAGUGCCUCCAAAAAGUGUCCCAACUGGAAGGCGAAAGGGUUCCUGAGACGGAUGCCGAAGCCUGGGAGGAAAAUGGCCUCAUCUCAUGCGCCUCCCCGUCCAUGCGCUUGGCCUUUUCCAAAGACAAAGGGCGCCACUGCAUUGCGCAGACGGAUAUCGUUCCCGGUGAGAUUUUGCUCAAAGAGGAGGCCUUUGUCGCCGUCCUGUGCCCAGGGGAAGAAGACAUCCAUUGCCAUCACUGUCUGAGCCCACUCGUCGCCUCCGUCCCUUGCCGCGGGUGCAGCUACGCCAAGUACUGUGGCUCUGCUUGUGCCCGUGCGGCGUGGCAGAGCUACCAUCAGAGGGAGUGUCCAUUUGGGGGGCUGCUCCUUGCCAUGGGGGUCUUCUGCCACGUUGCCUUGCGGACCAUUUUUGUAGCUGGAUUCGAGGAGGUCACACUUUUUGUGGAGAACGAUGAGGAGCAGACAACGGGAAUUUCCAUCCCGGGCUGCGACGCCGACGGCCGGUACCGCAGUUCCUAUCAGGCCGUCUUCGGACUUUUGCCUCAUGUUGAGAAACACAGCCCCGAGUUCAAGUUCCUCUGCGGCUUCAGCGUCGCAGCCUUGUGCCGGGUCAUGGGAAAGGAGCUGUUUGUGGGCAAAGACGGAGAAAACGUGGCCCAAGACGUCCUUGGGGAAGCUGUGCUGAGGCAUGUGCUGCAGCUGCAGUGCAAUGCGCAGGCCGUGACCGCCCUACGCGUCUCGGGGUGCGAAGCAGUGGCUCGGCAGGAGGAGGUGACGCUGGCCACGGCCCUCUUCCCGGUGCUCAGCCUCCUGAACCACUCCUGCGACCCCAACACCAGCGUGACUUUUGACGGGCGGACAGCAACGGCCAGGGCUUCGCGGGCCAUUCCCCGAGGGCAGGAGAUCCUCCAUUGCUACGGGCCCCACCGGUGCAGGAUGAAGCCCUCGGAGAGGCGGCAGAGGCUCCUGGCCCAGUAUUUCUUCGAAUGCCGUUGCUCUGCUUGCACAGAUGAGACGGGCCCUGAGUCCGCCUCCGGAUCAACCCUCUUCUGCUGUCCCACCUGUCGUGCGCCCAUGCAGGGGGAAGGCCUGUUCCUCUGUUGUUCUAGUGCUUCUUGCAAAGCCAUGCUCCCAAAAGAAGGCUUUCAGCAUCAGCUGCGUGAACUCCGGCAGCACAUGGAGGCAGCCAUGGAUCUUCUAGCACAGGGCAAAGCAGAUCGGUCCGUGGAGCAGCUCCGGAAGUGCCACUUGGAAGCCCAGCAGCUCCUCUCUCCGGGGCAUUUGGUAGUAGGGGAGAUUGAGGACCACCUGGCGCAGGUGCAUGCCACGCAAGGGAAUUGGCCCGAAGCAGCAGCACAUCUGCGUAGGAGCAUCGAGGUUGUGGAGGCCCAUUAUGGGGCCGGCAGCAUCGAAGUGGGGCAGGAGCUCUUCAAACUGGCCCAGGUCCUCUUCAACGGGCGUUUUGUCCCAGAGGCGCUUCAGGCGGCGGAGAAGGCCGAGGCGGUGCUGUCGGUGCAGCUGGGGCCCCGGGGCCCUGAGGUCCAAGAGUUGCAGGAGAUGAAGGCCUGCCUGGAGAAGCUGCUCCAAGGAUGAGGCCCCAGAUGCCAGGCUGCAAGCCAACAAAUAUGAACACACUUGCAAAGGCUUUGAGAACACAGCAUUGUUUUUUCCUGCCCUUCACGUCAUCACACAUGGACUUCACAUGUGUUACAAGGGCCCAGCAGAGACUGUACUAUCUGAGACUUCUAAGGAAACCACAACUGAAUCAUGAACCGCUGGUGAGUUUCUCCCGCUGUCCUCACCUACUCAUUACUUGCCCUCUUUCUCUUCUCGUUGGAAGAACUUUCUCAUUCCCACUGCCUUAAGAAAGCUCAGAACACUCUUAAGGAUCCACUUCACCCGGCAUAUUUCUUUUUUGAAUUAUUGCCGUCUGGCAGAUGGUACAGGGUGACAAUGACAAGGACAAACAGCUUUUAGAGAGCUGUGGCUAUGUUGAACUCUGUGGUUUCGUGUUGAUGUGGCAUUGGGGGCUGGUGUGGUGGUGGUGUGGAAGAAUGGGUGCGUUGUUUUCUCAUAAGUGCGGAGGAAGGCAUGUAAUUUUGUUGUGUAAUAGCACAAUGACAAUAAAGCUAUGCUAUUCCAACUCUAAAAUUCUAUGAUACGGAUUUUUAGCAGAAGCUGGAUGGCCCUCUGUCAAGAGGGAUCGGAUUGCACCUUCCUCAAUGGUAGAAGGAGGUUGUUGUUAUCAUUUUCAUUAUUAUUAUUGACACAAAGACAGAGUAUGACACAGCAAGUGAGAUAUAUAUGCUGGAUUUCGUAUCACAAGUUGAACACUUCCCAUUAAUAUUAAUACUGUAAUAGAGUAAAACAAUAAAUGUAAUAGUAACUAAUAGUAGAGUAAAAUAAUACAUGUAAUAAUUAUAAUAGAGUAAAAUAAUAAAUGCAAUAAAUAACAAUACAGUAAAGUCUCACUUAUCCAAGCCUCGCUUAUCCAAGCUUCUGGAUUAUCCAAGCCAUUUUUGUAGUCAAUGUUUGCAAUAUAUCGUGAUAUUUUGGUGCUAAAUUCGUAAAUAUAGUAAUUAAAACAUAA